AUGCAACAAUCUUUUGCUUCAUUGAAGACAAAGAUAGUGAAGAUAUUAGUAAAACAAUUUAUUGAUGUAAACCAGGCUAUGAUUCAGCAAAGUCUGACUGAAAAGGUUCUGGUUGAGGGUUUGGAAGAAACCCUAGACAAUAUUGCCGGAUCAGGUCUUCUGUCUCUUGAAGAUUGUCCAACCAGCAAAUCAGAUCCACUCUAUGAGAGACAAUACACUCAUAGAGUGAUCAAUGAGAAUGAGAUCACUGACAUUGUCAUGGAAAAGUAUGACGCAGACAAUAAUGCAGCCAACAACAACAGCAAUGAAGAAAUUGUAGAAGUGAAAUCAGCAGUUCCUUUCAAAAGAACUUAUUCUGCUUCGGAAAAGUUUGAGUGUGUUUGCACGCUUUUGAAUAUCUUGGAAGACAAAGAUAUUAACAGAGACUUUGUCAAAAAAAAAGUUAGCAGCCAAGUACAGUCAAAGCUUGAUUUUGUAAUAUGUUUGUAA